AUGAAAGGUCUUCUCCAGUUCCUGGAUCUCCUGGAGCUCUGUGAGGCGCGUGUGUGGUGGUGCGGGGCGGGGCGCAUCACCGUGGCGCCAGGUCGCUGUCGCAGCGGUGGGCUCGAGCGCAGCGGGAUCCGCACGAGGGAGGCGGGGGGGGCCGGCGCGGGGGUUGCGUGGCGGGGCGGGGGGUGUGGGUCGCGCGCUGCGUGGCCGGGUGCGGCCGCGCUGCAACAGCGACGGCAGGCCCUUUCGGGCGUCGCCUGCGGCUGCUCGCCGACCAUGGCGCCUGCACAGCUGCACAACCUGGCGGCUCCGGCCGGCAACGGCGUGCGGGCGCCCUGCUCCGCGACUGUGCCGGAGCCCGAGGGGCCACGCCGCCGCCAGUCAAUUGCAAUCAUACAUACUCCUUUCCCUGAACACAAAUGUCGAAUAGCACUCAUGUUGUCAAGGCAUCAAAAUAUGUUUGGACACAACAUCAAAACAAGUGAUUUCACAAAACUAAUGUUAAAUCACAACCACAGCGUGCCAGGAAAGUCUCUCUGCACCAAGCUGAAUCUGGGGCUGCCACAGUCGCCGCUUCCAUCCUCAUCUUCACAACCCCCCGGACCACUAAUUUCUCAUGUGAGCUGUCACAUCGACCCCCACCCCACACAUCAGACAGUGGAGUCAUGCCUGCGCAGCGCAGCGCAGCACAGCACAACACAACAAAGCACUACACAUGACAUAGCACAGCACAGUACAAGUACAGUACAAGUACAGUACAAGUACAGUCCGGUCCAAGUCCGGUCCAAGUCCGGUCCAAGUCCGGUCCAAGUCCGGUCCAAGUACAAGUACAAGUACAGUCCAAGUACAAGUACAAGUACAGUCCAAGUCCAAGUCCAAGUACAGUCCAAGUCCAAGUCCAAGUACAGUCCAAGUCCAAGUACAAGUACAGUCCAAGUGACAAUGAUUCAGAAACUUGACGAAUCUGUUAUACUCACAGCUGUCUGUGCAUUGAUGUGUGUACAACCGACUAUCUUUGCAGACUUCAAUGGCUUAUCUUCAGCUGCACGUUUACGAAGAGCCAUAAUUCCUGGCAUCUCUGAAAAAAUACCCGACAACGACGGCGUGGAGACCUCGCUAUCGCGGGUGACGACGGUUGUCAAAGCAACCACCGAGAACAACCGCGAAUGGGAGGUUGAGUGGUUUGCAAAGAUGCCUUCUUUACAUCAAGAGGCGUUGGCCGGCGUGGCUGAUGGCUCACUUAUUGGCGCCUUCCAGUUUCCAGGGCCUAGUCUCUUUCGCGCGCGUACCAUUCAAAUAAUUGAAACAGGUUUGGUGUUUGUAUUCAAGAAUCUAGCAGAUGUUACACUGGAAGAUGAACACCACAUAACUGCUUAUUUUCAAGCACAAAACAGGCAAUGCAAUUUCAUUCGCACCUUUCCACCAGAUCCUGGGUCGCAGGCGCGCGAGCGUAAAUUUUACAAUAGCAGAUUUUUUGGAUUUGCUGUCAAAUCAUUGUUGACAAAGACUUCUACACUCUUGGUAUUCCUUGCAGAUAUCUUUAUCUCAUUUUUGGAAAACCGCUCCAGCACAAUUUUGCGGAUUUUUGAAGACACGAGACGCCACUGCUUCCUGGAAUGUUUACUGUACAAAACUUGGUUGGACGUGCUGCUGCUUUCGAAGAUCUUAGCACAACAUAUCUUGACCAUUCCACAACAAAUGCGCAUAGAAAGAAAUGGAGGGUACAGCGAAGGGGAUUACUUGCAUGCUUUUAAUUUCUACAGACACGCUUCUAGUGGCAACAGCAUCACAGCACGGCCAUUCAAGGCCAUUUUCGCGGUGGCUCGCGUGGCAGCGUUCUCUGUGGACGAAUCGCCGAUGCUGCUGAUGCAUGACCUUCAGGAGCCUCCGGUGCUCCUCGACACGAUGUUGGACGUUGAAGCUUGCAACUUCGUCCUCGAGCUUCCUUCACCUUCAUCCUUCACCGUUGGAUGCGCAACGUUGACGACACCGCACGCGGUGCCUGGUGUUCGUAAGCUAGUUGUAAAACGCUUCGUUAUAAGUCUCUACUGCGCAAAUGCUGCACCCGCUGGAAUAGGAAAAGUCGUAAUCUCUCUGCACGAAUUGUUCGCCGGACGAGAAGCUAUGUUAACCUUCCACUGGAAAGGAAUGAAAACAAGAUUACAGAAAAUUUCAAAUCUUACAAUAAAACAAGAUAUUGGUAGUCCUCGCCAGCAACAGAACUGA